AUGGCUGACGACGAAGAUCGCGCGCAAAAGCAACGGGAUGGAAUUGAUAGAGAGGCCGCAAAGCUAUGGAGAUGUUAUAGAACUGUACACGAGAUGGUUCAGGAUCGGGGUUACCUUCUCGCUGAAGAGGAAGUCAACAUGAGCUUUGAUACAUUCAAGAGCAAGUUCACCAGUAAUGAUGGAAGUGUUGAUCGUCGCCAAAUGAACUUUUCCGCAACCCCAAGUGAAGCUAUGAUUGCCAAAUACGCAGUUGCGCCCACCGCAGAGAACCCAAACCCAACUACCUCAGAAAUUGGUACUAUUUGGAUUGAGUUUCUCAUGGUAACUGAUGUUUCCAUUGGAAUCAAACAAAUGCGAACAUUCGCCCAGCAUCUUUCUCAGCACAACUUCUCGGCUGGAAUUCUCAUCGCACCUGUUGCACCAUCAGGUCCCGCUCAAAAGAUUAUUCCCGCUGUCGCAUCCGAGACCAGAAUCGAGACUUUCGUCGAGCAAGAUUUACUUGUCAAUAUUACACAUCAUGAAUUGGUUCCCAAGCAUGUAUUAUUGAGUAGAGAAGAGAGGGCCAAGCUGUUGUCAAGAUAUAGAUUGAAGGAUACUCAACUUCCACGUAUUCAAGCUGCCGAUCCAGUCGCGAAAUAUUUGGGAUUGAGAAGAGGGCAGGUCGUGAAGAUUAUCAGAAAGUCGGAAACUGCUGGUCGUUAUGCCAGUUACAGAUUGUGCGUUUAA